AUGACGGUUCGCCUAUCACGGAUCCAACUGGCCCUGUUCUUCAUCCUGCUCUGUCCGGUCAACAUCAUCGGACUCUGGUGGGCAGUGGGCAGUCCUCUGGUCAUGGACCCCAACAGCAUUUGCAGGAAAGCGAAACGUCUGGCGGGGAAGCAGGCGGAGCUUUGCCAAAAUCAGCCGGAGAUCGUCAACGAAGUGGCUAAAGGGGCCAGGCUGGGUGUCCGGGAGUGCCAGUACCAGUUCCGGUACCGCCGCUGGAACUGCACCAGCCACAACAGAUACUUUGGCAAAAUACUCCAGCAAGAUAUCCGGGAGACUGCGUUCGUCUACGCCAUCACGGCGGCCGGCGUGACGCAUGCGGUGACCCAGGCCUGCAGCAUGGGGGACCUCCUGCAGUGUGGCUGCGAGGCCACCCGGAACAGGGCGCCUCCGCGGCCGCCUUCAUCUUCUUCAUCUGGGGACGGGGUCAAAUGGGAGUGGGGGGGCUGCGGGGACGAUGUGGAGUUUGGCUACGAAAAGUCAAAACAGUUCAUGGACGCUAGGAGGAGAAGGGGCAAAAGCGACAUCAGGACGCUGGUUGACCUGCACAACAAUGAAGCUGGCAGGCUGGCGGUGAAGCUCUACAUGAGGACUGAGUGCAAGUGCCACGGGCUGUCGGGCUCGUGCACCUUGCGCACGUGUUGGAAAAAGAUGCCCCACUUCCGCGAGGUGGGCGACCGGCUGCUGGAGCGCUUCAACGGCGCCUCCAAGGUGAUGGGGGGCAACGACGGGAAGACCCUGAUCCCCGUGGGCCAGAACAUCAAGCCGCCCGACAAGCAGGACCUGAUCUACUCGGACGAGUCCCCGGACUUCUGCCUGGCCAACCGGAAGACGGGCUCGCUGGGAACGCGGGGCCGCAUGUGCAACAGCACGGCCAUGGACAUCAGCGGCUGCGACCUGCUGUGCUGCGAGCGGGGCCACCGGGAGGAGACGGUGGUGCUCGAGGAGAACUGCCUGUGCCGUUUCCACUGGUGUUGCGUCGUCCAGUGCAAGAAGUGCCUGGUGCGAAAAGAGCUUAGUCUUUGUCACUGAUGAACAUUUUUUUUUUUUUUUCUUUAGAAUUACUUCUGUUACUUUGUACGUUCUCGCUUUAGUGAAAGAAGGAAAUGAUUUCGGACCUUCGCGGUGAUAUUUUUUUUGUUUUGUUUUAGCCGUCAGACAAUAACCCACAAACUCUCAUUAGAAAAGGUUUACGGUGCUGGUUUCCUAUGGGUUUUAACGGAUAGGCUUCAACCCCCCCCCCCUCGCUGAACUACCUAUUUCCUGUUUCUUGUAUAUGACAAAAGGACCAAAGAAUAGUCAUUUUAAUUCAAUAAAAGGACCUGUGCAUGGAGGGUCUAGUCUUGACUAGGUGGCACAAAUUGUGUCUCCCCCUUUGACUUUUUGUGACAAUGAGACACAGAAUUUCAGACGUGAAAACAGGAAUUAGCCUGACCUCCUUAUUUUAUAACCAGGUAAUACAUUUGUAGACAUCACACUGUAUGAUGAAGCUUGUAAGCCUUUAAUGACCUUUAGUACUGUCGGCAUUUUAAAUUACUACAAACUCAUUUUUCCUAUCUACAUUACGCUUUUGGAUAAUAUGGUCCAAAUUCCAAUAUUUCCAUUACUUUAAAAUGUGUGUUAAUCCAGUAGGUGUUAUUUAACAGUGAAGCUCUAUGUUUGAUUAAACAUCACCAGCAAUAUGUCCAUGUUUACAAUAUAUACUUCCCAAAAUAUGUUUUGUUCAAAUCUUUUUAAAUAUUUUGUGCCUCUGUCACAGUUUCUUCACGCUAACCAUCUAAUGAAACAUGGGCAAAAACAAAACAAAACAAAAAAGACAACAUUCUUUACAAAAAGAUUCUGGUCUUGUCAAGUAUUUUCUCCAGAAAAGAAAAAGGGAAGUUGUGUCACACAAGUUUGAAGAGAGCUGUCAACGCUGUCCUUUCCAGGUGUAGACUUAGCCUGCCAGGAAAGACUCUUAUUUAUGUAAAGAUAUGAUGACAAAACCACUCACCUCCAUCCCUCUCAGAAGCACUUUGGAUACAGUGGCUACUGUGGACUUCCUACAGCUUGACAAUAAGAACUCGUGGUGUUUGACUGUUUCUUUCUAAACCUAAAGAGAAUCCUGUACGUUCCAUUGUUUGGUAUCAAGAAAAUGUACAUAAUGUUUUUAUUUGUUAAACUGUUCUAGAUAUACAGGGCUAAUAUAAUGAUGCACUUUGGAUGUUAGUUUAGAUUUGAUACUGUAAGUGCAUAUUUGUGUGUGUGUGUGUGUGUGAGUGCGUGUGUUUGUGAGAGAGAGUGUGAGAUAGAGAAGGUAUGUGAUGGUAUGUGUAUGUGUAGGUUAGCCAGUUAUCAUCAUAUCCUUCACUUGAGAGUACUUAUGUUUGUAUCUGUAAGUUCCCAUCUGGCAUCUACGCUGGUUAUUAAAUGCACACGUCUCUGUGGCUCUCUGUC